CACGCAGUACUCGCGGCGGCGGCGACGGCGGCGGGAGGUUCGGUUGUUGCCCGUUGGCCGCGCGGCGCCGCGUUCGGCGGCCGCCAUUGCAGCUUGUUUUCAGUUGCUAUAUAUAAAGACAGAAAGCUCAUGGUGCAAAUUGUUAUUUCCAGUGCUGGGGCUGGAGGCCUGGCAGAAUGGGUGCUGAUGGAGCUACAGGGGGAGAUCGAGGCUCGCUACAGCACCGGAUUAGCUGGAAACCUCCUGGGAGACCUACAUUACACCACUGAGGGAAUCCCUGUGCUGAUCGUGGGGCAUCAUAUCCUGUAUGGGAAAAUCAUCCACCUGGAGAAACCGUUUGCUGUCCUUGUCAAACACACUCCUGGGGAGCAGGAUUGUGAUGAGCUUGGCUGCAAGACUGGCACCCGGUACCUGGUGACAGCACUCAUCAAAAACAAGAUCCUUUUCAAGACUCGCCCCAAGCCCAUUAUUACCAGCGUCCCCAAGAAAGUAUGAAAGAACCCCGGAUUUUCCCUAGA